AUGGCUUUCUCUUCCACGCCGGUGAGCGGAGGCCGCUGCCGCGCCUCGCCGCCGAUCUCGCCGGUGGGCUUGUUGCCGAGCACGUCGCUGAGCCCGACCCGGCUGAGCCGGUUGCAGGAGAAGGAGGAGUUGCGGCACCUCAACGACCGCCUGGCCGCCUACAUCGAGCGGGUGCGGGUGCUCGAGGCCGAAAAGUCGGCGCUCCAUCAUUCCCUGACCGAGCAGGAGGAGAAGUCCGACCGGCAGCUGGACACCCUGCGGCUCUGCUACGAGAAGGAGCUGGCUGACGCCCGCCGAACACUGGACGACGUCGCUAUCCAGCGGGCCACGCUGCAGGUGGAGCUGGGCAAGAUCAGCGAGGAGCACCGGCAGCUGCGCAGCAGGAGUUCGAAAAUAGAAGCUGAUUUAAACCUGGCACAGGCUCAUGUGAAAGACCUCAGUGCUCAGCUGAGUGAGAAGGAAGCUGACUUAGCAGCAGCUUUGGUUGAGAAGCGAAGUCUGAUGAAUGACCUUCAUGAAUUAAAGGAUGAAGCAGUCAGUCUGAAGCAGUCACUGGAAGAUAGCAAAGAGCAACUCAACAAUGAAAUGUUAAGAGGUGUGGAUCUGGAAAAUCACAAGAAAACUUUGCUGGAACAAAUGACAUUAAAGAAGCGCCUUCAUGAAGAUGAGCUCAAGGAGACAAAAAGAGUCUAUGAGAACAGGAUAGCAGAAAUAGAAUCUAUUUAUCAAAGUAAGGUCUCAGAUGCUCUGCAGGGACUUAGAAAACAACAAGAAGAACAAAUUCAAGGAUACAAACUGGAACUGGAACGAACAUUUCAUGCAAAAAUGGCGAAUGCCCAACUGUCUUCAGCAAAACAUAGUGACUUUGCCAAGGCUGCUCAGGAGGAGCUGAAGGAAGCAAAGCUGAGAGUUGAGACUCUCUCAUCUCAACUUAAUCAAUAUCAAAGCCAGAAUAUUGCUUUUGAGACCAGAAUAAGAGAGCUACAGGAGAUGAUGGAUUAUGACCGUGAUCUCCAUCGAAGGCGUAUGGCUGAAAAAGAGCAAGAAAUGGCACAAGCCCAGCAGCAAACACAGGCACAGCUGGAAGAAUAUGAGAAUCUCUUAGAUGUGAAACUGGCUCUAGAUCUGGAAAUAGAUACCUACAGGACAAUGCUGGAAGGAGAGGAACAGAGGCUAAGGCUGUCACCCAGUUCAUCUUCACGCAGCACUGCAACUCAAGUAACAAGUCAAGGGCAACAAUUCCUGCCUGGGAAGAAAAGGAAAAUGAAAGAAGCAAAAAAGAGAGGGCAUAGUGUUGGGUUUAAGACUGUUCAGCAUGCUUCGUCUUCUGGAAAAGUAUCUAUUGAAGAAAUUGAUGCAGAUGGGAAAUUUGUCAGGCUUAAAAACAAAUCUGAUGAGGAUCAACCACUACAUGGAUGGGUGUUAAGACGACAUCUUGGAAGUAUGUCAGAUGCAACAUACACCUUUCCUUCACAGUUCACUCUUCAGGCAGGACAAGUAGUUACAAUCUGGGGUGCAGCAGCUGGUGUAAGCCCAGGUCCCAGUGAUUUGGUCUGGAAGUCUCAGAGAUCUUGGGGAGCUGCAGAUACUAUUGAUGUGACACUCAUCAGAGAUGACGGUGAGGAACUUGCAGAGAGGAGGAUAAUGCAUGUACCCACAGGAGAAGAAAGCAGUGAGCAAGAUGAUGAUUAUGAAGAAAUAACUGAAAGUGAAAUGGAGUUUCUAUCUCAGACCAAAAGAAGAAGAAAAAAGAAAUGUUGCUUGGUUUCAUGA